AGAGUCGCUCGUCUGUCUUUGUCUCGCCGAGAGACCAACGUUUUGCAUUGUUCCGAACAAGGAAGCUCAGUCAUGUCCGUUUGCUGUGCAUCGGCGCAAUUAACCUUUCCGUCUCACACAACUACGCCACGCCGCUUCAGCGUUAGAAUGUCCAACCAGCCACGAAAACCCACCACGACCACGACCACGACGAGCAUCUUCACCUCCGCCACAAAGCUACUCUGGGGCCCAUCUCUCCCUCCGGGUCUACUCAUCUCCACCGCUCGAACAGCCUGGUCCACCGUCUGGCAUCUCAUGAUGACCCAGCUCGCUCCAUCAGACUCAUCCGGGUCAUACACCCGACCCACUUCCCAAUUCCGCCUCAACCCGACCCAAUUCCCUUCCGCCGCUUCUUCGGAGCUCCAUCUCUACGUCGGUCUUCCUUGCCCCUGGGCUCACCGAACGCUAAUCGUGCGAGCUCUCAAGGGCUUAGACGACGCCGUAUCGGUCUCAGUCGCAUCCCCGGGUCAAGACGGCUCGUGGGAGUUCAAGGAUAACAAUAUCCCGAUAAGGGAUAAGGAUAAACUUGUCCCGGGUUUGGAUAAGGCGAACCGGUGUAGGAAUCUGAAGGAAGUGUACAAAACGAGAACCGGUGGUUACGAGGGGAGAUGCACAGUUCCGAUGUUGUGGGAUUCAAGGAAGAAAGAUGUUGUCUGUAACGAAAGCUACGAUAUCAUCGAGUUCUUCAAUUCGGGUCUAAACGAACUCGCCAAAAACCCUAGCUUGGAUCUCACGCCACCAGAAUUGAAAGGAAAGAUUGAAACUUGGAAUCAGAUUGUGUACCCUAAAGUUAACAACGGCGUUUACAGGUGUGGAUUUGCGCAGAGUCAAGAAGCGUAUGAUCGAGCAGUGAACGAAGUCUUUAGUACCUUAGAUGAGAUUGAAGAUCACUUAGGUAGUAACAGGUACUUGUGUGGAGAAAGGUUGACACUGGCUGAUGUAUGUCUCUUCACAACUCUCAUUCGCUUUGAUCCUGUUUACUACAUUCUAUUCAAAUGCACCAAGAAAAAGCUCGUUGAGUACCCAAAUCUCUACGGCUAUUUGCGCGAUAUUUACCAAAUUCCUGGUGUUGCGGCCACUUGUGAUAUUCCUGCUAUAAUGGAUGGGUACUACAAAACCCUGUUUCCUCUAAACGCAAGUGGAAUCCAACCGGCCAUUUCUUUAUCUGGCGAUCAAGAUUCUCUCUUGAUUCCUCAUAACAGAGACUCGGUGGGUAUAGCCGUUGAAGCACAGCAUGCGGUUUAAAGCGGUGGAAAGCUGUACCUAGUCGAUGUAUAUAUAUCUGUAAUAAAUCAAAGCUCUGGUUGUGUUCUGAACUGUGGAUCACAUCAGAACUGUACAUGAAGAGGAGAGAGGCGUUGGACAAAUACUCUUAAUGGGAGCCUCAUCUUUCGAGUUGAGAUCACUAUCAGUAUUCUCUUAUAAAUUGUGUAUUAAUAAAGACAUGUUUAUAAUGUUAAACCAAA